AGGCGGCGGUGCGCCAAGCGGCGAGCGCGGAUUCCGGUCAGGACCACAGGGGAUGGGCUUCGGCUGGGGGAAGGGGGGCGGCUUCUGGAGCAAGACUACAGCCGAUGCGAUCAAGGAGAUCAAGGCGCAACUCAUCGACCAGGGGGGCACCGGGAAGGUCUGGGUGGACGACUGGGGGCGCAGGUUUCAGCCUGAGCUCGGCACUCUCCGCCAGUUCUUGGAGGCCCGGUACGACAAGUUUCAGAUCAACCCCGGCAAGGGCGCCAGUUUCACGGUCUCCCUCGUGGGCUAUUACCCAGACGAGGGCCACAGUUACGGCAGCUACAGCGGCUCGUGGGGCAAGGGCUCCACCUCGAAGGGCCAAUACUCAGGCUACAAGGGCGAGUACAAGCCCACGUGGCAGCUGAAAGAGCCGACCGAGACGUACACAGGGGGCGGCUCGAAGUACGGCAAGCGGUGGGUGCCCAAGGACAACGCCUCGCAGGCGGACGAGGAGACCAGCGAGGUCGCGCAGGCCGCUGCAGCGGGGCCGAGCUCCAGCGGGGCCCAGGCCGCAGCUGGACCUACCGGCGCAGCGGCCAGCGGCGCUGCGGCGGGCAGCGCGUCGAAGGAGGAGCCGCGGGCCGACGCCGACGCCGAUGACGGCGAACGACCCUUGGCCUUCGACGACCCGGUCGACGACCUUGACAGUCCCAAGUAGUCCCAGCAGGAGGUCCCAGAGCGUGCCUGAGCUGCGCGGGUGCCACCGUAGCGCCACGCCAUGCAGCGCAUGAUUGCGAACACAUUGCCGCAUGAGUUGAUGCAGGCAUGUACGCAUGCCUGUUUUUCCCGGAAAGGGCGUGGGCCCAGGGUUCUCUUUUAGUAGGUUAACCCUCCGGCCCCCCUGCGACUUGGGCCGGCGAAAUUAUUUUGCGAGCGGGCACGCACGGAGUAGGGCCGGC